CAUCCAUCAGCUUCGCUUCUCUCUCCGCUGUCUUCCUCUCUCUCUCUCUCUCUCUCUCUCUCUCUCCCACUUCGCAGUUCUCCCUGUCUCUCCCGCCUUCUGCAGCCGCCCGAGGCGAAUGUGAAUCUAGGGUUCCGGCCUUCCGUUGAAAAUGGGGUGCUUCCAUUCCAAAACCUCUAGUCUUCACUCCCCUGAGGAUGAUCCCAAACACGGAGACAAGCCAGAUCACGAAGCUAAUGGCGAGGCGGGGGACCAGGAUCAGGUGCCGGCGUUCAAGGAGUACGGGCUGGCGGAACUGAGGGCGGCAACGAAGGGCUUUAGCUCGGAGCUGAUAGUUUCCGAGAGCGGAGAGAAGGCGCCCAAUGUUGUGUACCGGGGGAAGCUCGACGGGGGGCGGUUCGUGGCCGUUAAGAGGUUCUCCAAGCAGUCCUGGCCCGAUGCUCAACAGUUUGUGGCGGAGGCUGCCGGGGUGGGGAAGCUCCGGCACAAGAGGCUGGUGAACCUGAUCGGAUGCUGUGCAGAGGGUGACGAGAGGCUUCUCGUGGCUGAGUUCAUGCCAAAUGACACGUUGUCGAGGCACCUUUUCCAUUGGGAUAAGCAACCUCUUCCAUGGGCAAUGCGGGUUAGAGUGGCAUAUUUCAUUGCACAAGCACUUGAUCAUUGUAACUCUGAAAAUCGGAGGAUAUAUCAUGAUCUGAAUUCUUAUAGAGUUCUUUUUGAUGAGGAUGGAGAUCCUCGCUUGUCUAGCUUUGGUCUCAUGAAAAAUAGUCGAGAUGGAAAAAGUUAUAGCACUAACCUAGCUUACACUCCUCCUGAAUUCUUGCGAACUGGAAGGGUAAUCCCAGAGAGUGUAAUCUAUAGCUAUGGCACUGUGCUUUUGGAUCUUUUGAGUGGGAAGCAUAUACCCCCAAGUCAUGCAUUAGAUCUGAUAAGAGGAAAGAGUAUGUUGAUGAUAAUGGAUUCAUCGCUGGAGGGGCAAUAUGCUAACGAGGAUGCUACAAAGCUAGUGGAACUAGCUUCGAAAUGUCUACAGUUUGAGGCUAGAGAUCGGCCUAAUUCUAAGUUUCUUCUUUCUGCUGUAUCACCACUUCAAACUCAGAAAGAGAUUCCAUCACAUUCUCUGAUGGGCAUAACCAAGACAGAACAGGUGUUGCCAACAAUGCUAUCACCACUUGGAAAGGCUUGUGUAAAGAUGGAUUUAACUUCUGUUCAUGAUAUAUUGCUCAAGACAGGUUACAAAGAUGAAGAAGGUGCAGAAAAUGAGGUGCUGCCCCUUUAGUAUAGGUUGAAAGAAUAAGGCCAUGAAAGCAAAGACUAGGUAUGAUCAUAUUUUUUUCGAUGAACAUUAUUAUGAAGGUGUUUUAAAAUUUAAAUAAUGGUAGUGGGUUAUUAUAUAACUUUGCCCAUGAGAACCAAUCAUGUCCGGUCUCAAGCCCGGAUAAAGGAGCGUUGUGUUAGUUUGCUAGCCAACAUUAAAACUAUGACAAAUGUUUAAUGAAUGGAUCUAUUAAAAUAUUGUACUAAUACUGGGUUGUUCCCUAGAAGGAACGCGUUACAGAGUCCGACUGUAACGUCUCGAUAAGGACCGCUAUAUCUCUGGAACUCAGGUGUAGUGCUAAAUAUGUAAGAGUUUGCAUUGUAGGAUCCGACAAGGACCGCUACAUCUUCACGAUGGUGUUAAAUAGGUAAGAGUUCUCACACCAUAGAUUGAAUAAGAAUAAAUAUGAUAGGAAAAUUAAUUGUCUAAGAUAGUAAAUCAAUGAAGAUAGGAACUUUCACAUGGAAUAUAGGAACUUUCAUAAGUAAAUCAAUGAAGAUAGUAGAUACGAUGAUUAAGAGAAGAUUUAGUAUUUUGUGCGUAUAAGAGACAAAAUGGGUAGGUGAGAAGGUAAAGAUGAUAUAGAACUCAGGUUUUAAGUUAUGGUACACAGGAAAAAGUAAAUCAAGAAAUGGAGUAGGUAUUGUUGUAGAUAGUUCAUUAAAAAAUGAAGUUUUAGGAGUAGCUAGAAAAGGGCAAAGAAUUAUGUCCCUUGAGAUAAUAGUGACGAAAGAAACUAUGAACAUAAUUAACAUAUAUACACCGCAAGUAGGAUUAGAUAAAACUACUAAAUCAAGGUUUUGGGACAAUUUAGAUGAAGUAUUACAAAAUAUUCCGUUAAAUGAAAUGAUUUUAAUAAGAGUUGAUCUAAAUGGAUAUUUUGGAGUGAAAAAUGAUGAAUAUGAGAGGAUAUAUUGGGGUUAUGGAUUUGGAACGAUAAAUGAAGAAGGGAAAAUUAUAUUAGAUUUUGCGAUAGCAUAUGACCUUAUAUUAGCUAAUACGUUUUUUAAGAAAAGAGAAGAACACUUAGUCACGUUCAAAAGUGAGAAUAAUAAAUAUAAAUUGACUUUCUUAUGACUAGGAAAAAAGAUUUAUAAAGAUUGCAAGGUCAUACUUGGAAAAAGUUUAACUACCUAAUAUAGGUUAGAAAUAUUGGAUAUACGUCUCAAGUAUAGUAUUAAUAGAAAGAAAAUAUAUACGACUCCUAGAAUUAAGUGGUUGAAGUUAAAAGAUGUGAAAGAAAAUAUAUGUAAGGAGAAGGUAGGAGUACAAGUAUUAGGUGAAAUAUAUGAUGACUCUAACAUGACAUGGGAUAAGAUGAUAUCAAAGUUGAAAAUAGUAGCUAAGAGUACUCGGUGAGUCAAAAGGGACAUAUUUGUAAAAAAGUACAAGAAAAAGUGAAGGAAAAAUGAACAAAUUAUAAGAAA